AUGAGUUGCCCAUCUCAAGCUCUCUUUAAACCAACCCGGCAGAUUGUACAAGCCAUACAACUCCAUUCUUCCCGCGCUUUCUCCAAUGGGCGGCGCUGGGAUUCCAGCCAUGUGGUGGAAGGAAUUCCGCCAAGAGGCGUGCUCGGAUACAAUAACAUUAUGAAAUGGCACGCAAAGAAUGGGUCUUUUACUGAGGUACUCUACGUGUUUGUUGAAAUGCGUCACUCAGGGAGCUGCUGGCCUGAUGCCUAUUCUUACCCAUUUGUUGUCAAGGCUUGUGGUGAGCUGUCGUUGCUUUGGUUCGGCAGAGUGGUUCAUGCCUUGACGUUGGUUUCCGGGUUUAAGUCUAAUUCAUUCGUGCAAAACUCGCUGAUGGCAAUGUAUAUGAACUGUGGGGAAAAGGCUGUUGCUAGGAAGGUGUUUGAUUUAUUUGAUGAGAAGGCUGUGGUUUCUUGGAAUACUCUGAUCAAUGGAUAUUUCAAGAACGGGUGUUCUGCCACUGCUUUGGUGAUUUUUGAUGAAAUGAUGCGUUGUCGGGUUGAGUUAGAUGGUGUCACUGUGGUUUCUAUACUGCCAGCUUGUGGGUAUUUAAAGGAAUUGGAGGUAGGAAAGCUGGUACAUUUGUUAGUGAAGGAGAAAGGGUUGGAUAGGAAAUUGGAAGUAUUGAAUGCUUUAGUGGAUAUGUAUUCAAAGUGUGGCAAAAUGGAAGAAGCCAGGAUGGUGUUUGACGAAAUGCUUGAGAGGGAUAUUGUAAGUUGGACAACCAUGAUUAAUGGGUAUGUCCUGAAUGGUGAGGCGAGAACUGCAUUGAACUUCUGCUCGGUCAUGCAAACUGAAGGAAUCAGGCCCAAUUUUGUGACCGUGGCCUUACUUCUCUCUUCUUGUGCAAGUUUGAAGGAUUUUAUGUAUGGGCGUUGCAUCCAUGGAUGGGCUUUAAGGAAGCAUAUCGACUUGAGAGUUGAAGUAGAAACGUCAUUGAUUGACAUGUAUGCGAAAUGCAGCCGGCUUAACCUUAGCUUUGAAGUCCUCCGCAGAAGUUUAAGAAAACAAACAGUUCCAUGGAAUGCUAUGCUCUCCGGUUGUGUUCAUAAUGGUCUUCCAGCUGACGCAAUAGGAGUGUUUAAAGAGAUGCUGACAGAAGGAGUGAAACCGAAUGGUGCAACAAUGAACUGCCUCUUACCUGCAUACGCUAGUCUGGCUGAUUUACAGCCUGCAAGAAAUGUUCAUUGUUUCAUUACGAGAUUGGGGUUUCUUUCUCGUGUUGAAGUUGCCACUUGUCUAAUAGAUAUAUAUUCCAAGUGCGGUAGCCUGGAAUCAGCUCAACAUAUCUUUAAUGCAUUGCCUAUGGUAGUCAAGGAUAUAUACAUAUGGAGUGUAAUUAUAGCAGGUUAUGGGAUGCAUGGACAUGCAGAAACUGCAGUUUCACUCUUUAGGCAGAUGGUCGACUCAGGGAUCAAACCGAAUGAAGUUACAUUUACCUCUGUGUUGCAUGCUUGCAGCCAUGCGGGAUUGGUAGAUGAUGGCCUCUAUUUGUUCAACUUGAUGCAGGAAGAUACCCGGAGAAGUCCGAAUGUCGAUCACUAUACAUGUAUUAUUGAUCUGCUUGGUCGAGCAGGUCGAUUAGAAGAAGCCUAUGAUAUUAUUACAACGAUGCCAAGUGCACCUAGCCAUGCUGUUUGGGGUGCACUCCUUGGAGCUUGUGUGAUACAUCAGAAGGUUGAACUGGGGGAAUUGGCUGCACAAUCUUUAUUUCAACUUGAGCCUGAGAAUACUGGAAAUUACAUAUUGCUGGCAAAACUUUAUGCUGCAGUAGGGCGGUGGAAAGAUGCAGAAGCAUUAAGAGAUGUGAUGAAUGAUAUAGGAUUGAGGAAAGAAGCUGCUUACAGUCUUACUGACAUGUGA